AUGUAUAAUACACGGGGCCCAUUGGCAUUUUGCAAUCCCCUGACUCUGAGCAGGCUUGGCCGUCCGAAGGAUCACACAAAACUCGUCCGUGAGUACGAUCAACGGGCUGAGCAAUCGAUCGUGCUGCGUUCGGCCGCGACAGCGUGGGCUGAUGGAGUACCCUGGGCAGAAGCUCUUCACAUGGCAGGAGUCGCUCAGGAGCGUGCCGAAGCUGCGUCUGCAAGGCGUGAUCGGGUCGCCGGUAAAGGCCGCGGAAAGCAGGGUGGGCCACGUGGCAAAGGGCGAGCUUCUGCAGAUUGGCACUCCCAGACUGCCAUUGCGAAGGCCUUCCAUAUAGGCCGGAAUGAAGCCGGAGCUGUGCAGCAGCUCAUCACGGCCGUGCCGGAGGAUGUGAAAAAUGCAUUGGCAGCGGCAGUGAAGCGACGAGGCAUGGUGAAGUUUGUGGGCCAUGAAGCUUUGGCACGACAAAUCUUCAGUGCCUCCUACACCAACACAUCGCCGGGCAUGGAUGCAUGGCGGGACCUCCUGACAAACGCCCCGGGCGAUUCCAGGAUUGCAUCUUUGUUGGUGGAGCGCCUCGUCAGCGACUUCGACCUCGCGCCCGAGCCCCUGCGUAAGGCACCGACCUAUAAGGAAACGGUGACAAAGCAUGCUUGCUGUGCUGCCAUGCUGCACUUCCUCGGCCUCUUGGAAGCCAUGUGCCCCGGCAAAGAGUUUCCUGAAUUGCGGCGGCAGCUCAUGCAUCAGUUCCAUCACGGCUACUUGGACACGGACCUUGUCCACGUCCUUGAGAGCGCCGUGCCGCCAGCAGAUCUGAAAUCUGUUUCCGCCUUCAGGGCGGUGGCGGUCCAGAUCGAGACCCAAGCGCAGGCAGAGAUGGAUGCGACACAGGCAGAGCAUGCGCGGCAAGUCCGCGAAGCCACCCUGGCCCAGAUCACCGCCUUGGUCGAGUCUGACAUGAAGGCAUUGCGCCAGCGGACCCCAGACCAUGUGCUCAAGGCCAUCGCUACGGCAAAGGAUUUGAAGUACGUCAAGGACCGGCAGACGCAAGGCGACAACUUUGUGCAAACGUGGAUGGCCGAGUACUGCCACUGCGAGAUGCUGGACGAGACGCUCAGCUGCAAAGGCAACAAUGUCCUGCCCAACGUGCUCAAGUUCCUGGGCCAGUUCCGUGGCAUUGCAGGCACGCAGUAUGUGCUGUGCCUUUGCGAUUACACGGUGCUGCCAGCGAAUGUGGAUUACGUGAGGGACUCUGUGGAGCUGCUGGCAAACUUGCUUGCCAGCAGCUCCAACAACCUGGGCCACUUGCAGCUUCCGCUGCCGCAGCGUUCGAUGGCUUCCUCAACGAGCGUCAAGCACAGGCGGACCGUGGAGGAUUUGUUGAUGAAGGCGAAGAUCAACGCGGACUCCGUGACAGCCCUGCUCUUCGAGAAGCCUGCCGACGCAAGUGCAUCUGACAAGCGGUCCCUGACACAAACCUGCUUGACCUGCCUCUUCAGUGGUUUCGAUGCAACAAGCUGGACCGCUUCGCGAGUUUUGCAAGAGUGCCGAAUGGGACCCUUCCCGCUCCUGAAAGUCGCGGACUUCCUGGGCUACGAGAACUCGCGGAAGGGAGUGCCGCUGCAUGAGGGCAUCCUCGAUGCUUUCAUGGAUGGCAUGGGCUUCGGCGAAACGGACCGGCUGGUGAUCGUGGACCUCUGCCCCAACAGGCAAGCCGAGUUUGCCCGCGCGGCCGUGAACAAGAUGAUUGAAACCGAGGGCAAGAGUUGCAUGCGCUACGUCGGCCUCUUCCGCCCGGAGCAUGCUGACGUGAAAGCCGACCUCAGCGGCAAGAUCUACUCCUGGUGGGAUAGCAGCAGCGCCGCCCCUGCAAAGAGGCGCACUCGAGAUGAUGUCGAUUUGGACGCGGUGGCCGUGCCGCUGCAGAUCCUUUCCCUCCAGGGCUCCAAGCCCGUAUGGCCGUCUUCGCUUGAGGACAAGUUUCCGGCCGGCACCCCGGAGCAUGCAAAGCUCCUGCUAUUGAACCAGGAGUUUUUGAAGGAGUUCCCCAAGCCACGAGCUCUGAGCCAGGUGGGCCGACAGGCCUCUUCGGUCAGCCAGCUGACCCAGCGCCUGGCUGCGGAGUGCGACUACUCGCAGGAUGGAGAGCCGCUGGACCUUGAGCGGUGCGUGGACCUCGCAACGGUCCCCGUGGCAGAGCUGAAGGAGACCGUGCUUGCCAUGGUCACUGGGCGCCCCGGCAAGCCCAGCAUCAUGAUCACGGCCGAGUACGGCUUGUGGAUCGGCAACACCAGAAACGUGCUGGAGGAAAGCUCCGGGGUGCCCUGGCGAUUGGGCAGCGACAAGGAGCUCAUUGUCGUGAACAAGGCAACAUUGCCACUAUGCGAAUUGCUGCGGCUGAAGGCCACGGAGGAGGGCCUCGUGAAUGUGGAGGUGGAGUCCCACGUGGUGCUGCCCAAGCCUCCGACUGCUGCUGCGGCAGACGAUGCUGAGACCCAGCUUGAUGAUGACGAAGCCCUAUUUGGGUUCAGAUAUGAUGUGGCCCCGACCGUGAGCUGCAAGACGAGUGUCUUCAAGCCAGCAGUGUUGAGCAAAGAGGAGACAGAGACAGUCCGUGCUGUCUCCCUCGCCGCUCUCUUCAGUGGUAACUAUGACCGCUUGCCCCGCAACAAGAUUGCCACUGUGGCUUGGGAGGCCGUGGUGCUGCAACCACUGAAAGGUUGUCGGGCAUCCUCUGUGGAGUCAGUCGUGACCGUGAGCGGGACACCGCCCAAGAUCAUGCCGAUCAAGCCGAAGAUCUACUUGACCUGCAGCGU